UCGUCAGUUCAUACAGUGCCUCGAGGUCAUUUAUGUAAUUGCAACAGUUGCGACUCUGUUAUCUGUUCUAUAACACCCAAAUCCAUUAUUAUUAUUUAUUCCCCCCCAAAAAGCCCGAAAAUUCAGUUCCUCACACACUUUCCCCGCCAUUUGCCUUCUCAAUUUCUCUUCCCAAUCUGUCCCUCUAGGGCUCCAAAACGUUCAUCAUCUCCCUCACUCUGCAACCAAAACCCUAAUUCCCGCCAAAAUACCCCUGGAUUUCAGCUUAAUUACAACCCCUGCCACUCCACCUCGUUCUCGAUACAUGCCCUUGCAGUGCCAAUCGCGAACUCACCGGUUAAGCAAUCGAUGAGUUAUCCAGUCACUUCCAGUUCGAGCUCCGGCUCGGCUCACUGGGGCAUCAGCCUCUCGAACACGGUGCACUCGGAAGUCGCUCCAUGCUUGCCUUUGCCUUCGCUUCCGGUGUUCUGCGGCGCAUCUGAUCAGGACCUACGGCUGUUCGACGAGCCGAGUCGAAACAGUGCGUGGUUGAAUCACCCUGACGCAGCUCUUUCCAGUAGGAUUGCUGAUCUGCUUCGAGAAACUGACGUCUCUUACUUGAACCUUCGAGAAGAUUCUAGCUUAGUUCCAUAUGGUUAUAUCGAACCUUUAAAACUUCAUGAUGAAGUUCUUCAGUUCAAUCCAGAAGCAUUUGAGUACAAUAGUCCAGGUCCUAUUAAGGGGCAAGUGCCUGGCAGUAGUACAGUACCUGACAAGAAGCCCUUCAAGCCCAGUGUACCUAUAACCAGACUUGCCCAAAGAGACUAUGGUGCAACUAACAAUAAUCAGCUCAAUGAUAUUCCUCCUAAUGACGUAUCUACACCAUCUUCUAGGAAACCAAAAGCCAAGAAAAAAGAUACUGAUGUCGUUAUGUCAUCAGUCGGACCAGAUCAGACUGCAAUUCAAGACGCCAUCAUUGGACGCUUUUGUGAGUUGGUGGAGGAUUUCUGCGGUAGAGCUGAACUUUUCAGUGAUGAUCGGGAAGAAGCUGAGUGGUUAUCUAUUCCUCUUUCUGAUCUUAGAGUGCUUGCAAAUGAAAUAAUGUCUCUUCGAGCAAAGAGGCUUCUACAUUUGGUCCCUGUAGAUUCUUUUGUUAGAUUGUUAAGGAUUUUAGAUCAUCAGAUACAUCGAGCUGAAGGCUUGUCUAUAAGUGAAUGUGAGCAGUCAAAUUCAGAUGUGGUUUCAUCAAUAAAUUGUGCACUAGAGUCCAUUCAUGCAGCUUUAGCAGUAAUGGCUCAUAACCAGAUGCCAAAACAACUAUAUAAAGAAGAGAUCAUUGAAAGAAUUCUGGAGUUUUCUAGGCAUCAGAUAAUGGAUGUUAUGUGUGCUUAUGAUCCAUCAUAUCGUGCUUUGCAUAGGCCAAGUCAAAAUGGGUCCCUUGAAGUUGAGGAAGAUGAAGACCCUGAUGCUGAAAUUGGUUCAGCAAGCAAGAAACGACGCAGCAUCAAGACCGUUAAAGUGCAUAAAUCGUCAUUUAACAGGGUCUCUGCUGCUGUGAAUAAUAUUCUUCAGAAAAUGUGCACCAUUCUUGGUUUACUCAAGGAUUUGUUGUUAAUAGAAAGGUUGUCAGAUGGUUGCAUCUUACAGCUAGUGAAAACAAGCUUUACAACAUUCAUGGUGGAUAAUAUCCAGCUCUUGCAACUGAAGGCAAUGGGUUUAAUCAGUGGGAUAUUCUAUUCAUACACUCAGCAUCGGACUUAUGUGAUAGAUGAAUUAAUUCAGCUGCUUUGGAAGUUACCGUUCUCGAAGCGAGCUUUGAGAGCCUAUCACCUACCUGAUGAAGAGCAAAGGCAGAUUCAAAUGAUCACUGCUUUGCUGAUUCAGUUGGUUCACUAUAGUGCAAACCUUCCUGAACCGUUAAGGCAGGAAUCAAGUGGUAAUUCCAUCUUAGAACUUUCUCUCGAUGCUGAUUAUCCAACUAAAGGCCAUGAGGCAGCAACAGAGGCGUGUUGCCACUUUUGGACUCGUGUACUUCAGCGUUUUGCUAGUGCGAAGGCUCAGGAAGCUUCAGAGUUGAAAGUAAUGAUGGAGAAUCUUGUUACUGAUCUGCUGACAACGUUGAAUUUACCUGAAUAUCCUGCUUCAGCUCCUAUUCUGGAGGUUCUUUGUGUCUUGUUACUCCAGAAUGCCGGGCUGAAAUCUAAAGACAUAGGUGCACGUACCAUGGCGAUUGACCUUCUUGGCACAAUUGCUGCGAGGUUGAAGCGUGAUUCUGCCCUUUGCAUUAAGGACAAAUUUUGGAUACUACAGGAGUUGGUUAGUGUGGAUGGGAAUGAUCAGACUGAUCCAAAAAAUGCAUGCUCAGUUUGUUUAGAUGGUAGGGUUGAAAAAAAUUUCUUUGUAUGUCAAGGUUGUCAGAGAAUGUUUCAUGCUGAUUGCAUGGGAGUAAGAGAAUAUGAAGUUCCAAAUCGAAGUUGGCACUGUCAGAUAUGCCUCUGCAGGAAGCAACUUCUUGUUUUACAAUCUUACUGUAAUUCACAAUGCAAAGAUGAUGGGACAAAAGAUCGUAAUCGUUCAGGAAGAAACACUGAAGUUGCUUUUUCUAUUACAAAACUUGAGGUUGUCCAGCAGAUGCUUUUGAAUUACCUUCAAGAUGCCGCAUCAGCUGAUGAUGGGCAUCUCUUUGUUCGCUGGUUUUAUCUCUUGUUGUGGUACAAGGAUGAUCCAAAAUCACAGCAGAAGUUCAUGUACUAUCUUGCUAGACUGAAAUCAAAAGAAAUAGUGCGGGAUUCUGGGACUGUUUUUUCAUUAUUGACAAGGGAUUCAGUCAAGAAGAUUACUUUAGCAUUGGGACAAAAAAACUCUUUUUCCAGAGGGUUUGAUAAGAUUCUUCAUUUGCUUCUGGCAAGUUUAAUGGAGAAUUCACCUGUAAUUAGGGCCAAGGCUUUACGAGCGGUCAGUAUAAUUGUAGAAGCUGAUCCGCAGGUGCUAGGAGACAAACGCGUUCAAUCGGCUGUUGAAGGAAGGUUUUGUGAUUCCGCAAUUUCUGUCAGAGAAGCAGCACUGGAACUUGUAGGGAGGCAUAUUGCUUCUCAUCCUGAUGUUGGUUUGAAGUAUUUUGAGAAGGUUGCUGAGAGAAUCAAAGAUACUGGAGUAAGUGUUAGAAAACGAUCUAUCAAAAUCAUACGAGAUAUGUGCGUUUCAAAUGCAAACUUCUCCGAAUUUACAAAAGCUUGCAUUGCUAUCAUCUCCCGUAUUGGUGAUGAUGAAUCAAGUAUACAGGAUAUUGUUUGCAAGACAUUUUAUGAGUUCUGGUUUGAGGAACCUACUGGUUCACAAACUCAGUUCUUUGGAGAUGGUAGCUCUGUUCCAUUGGAGGUGGCUAAAAAAACUGAACAGAUUGUUGAGAUGUUGAGGAGGAUGCCAAGUCAUCAACUUCUUGUGACUGUCAUUAAACGCAACUUAGCCCUUGAUUUUUUUCCCCAAUCAGCUAAAGCUAUUGGGAUAAACCCUGUCUCACUUGCAUCUGUACGCAAGCGCUGUGAGUUAAUGUGCAAGUGCUUACUGGAAAGGAUAUUGCAGGUAGAGGAAAUGAAUAUCCAGGAAGGAGAGAGGCGGACCCUUCCAUAUGUGCUAGCUUUGCAUGCAUUCUGUGUUGUGGAUCCAACACUUUGUGCACCAGCUUCUGACCCUUCCCAGUUUGUGGUUACUCUUCAGCCUUAUCUAAAGAGUCAGGCUGAUAGUCGAGUGAUUGCACAGUUAGUGGAGAGCAUAAUCUUUAUAAUUGAUGCUGUUCUGCCUUUUGUUCGAAAGUUACCACAAAGUGUUGUUGAAGAACUUGAACAAGACUUAAAGAACAUGAUUCUUCGGCAUUCCUUCUUGACAGUUGUUCAUGCUUGCAUCAAGUGCCUCUGUGCUGUGAGUAAAGUGGCAGGAAAAGGUGCUGCUAUAGUGGAGAAUCUUAUUCAGCUGUUCUUCAAACGUUUGGAUGCUCAGGCAGUAGAUAACAAGCAGCAAGUGGGGCGGUCUCUUUUCUGUCUUGGAUUGCUCAUCCGUUAUGGCAACUGUUUGGCAAGUAACUCUGACAAAACAAGUGAUGUUGUAAGCAGUCUCAGCUUGUUUAAAAAAUAUCUUCUAGUGGAGGAUUUUGUCAUAAAGGUUCGGUCAUUACAGGCAUUGGGCUUUGUUCUAAUAGCUCGGCCUGAAUAUAUGUUGGAAAAAGAUAUCGGGAAAAUAUUAGAGGCAACAUUCUCUUCUAGCUCUGAUGUUCGUCUUAAGAUGCAAGCGUUGCAAAACAUGUACGAAUAUCUCCUUGAUGCCGAAAGUCAAAUGGGAACAGAUGCAGCCAGUAAUAAUGUGAUUCAAUAUUCUGUGGAAGGUGGCAAUGCUGUAUCUGUUGCUGCAGGUGCUGGGGAUACUAAUAUCUGUGGUGGUAUAGUUCAGUUGUAUUGGGAUAAUAUGUUAGCGAGAUGUUUGGACCUUAAUGAACAAGUUCGCCAAUCUGCACUUAAGAUUGUUGAAGUUGUGCUGCGCCAAGGCCUUGUGCAUCCUAUUACUUGUGUUCCAUACCUUAUUGCACUCGAAACAGAUCCUCUGGAGAGCAAUUCAAAAUUAGCACAUCAUUUGCUGAUGAAUAUGAAUGAAAAGUACCCUGCAUUUUUUGAAAGCCGCCUGGGGGAUGGCCUUCAAAUGUCGUUUACUUUCAUACAGUCCGUUACUACCAGUUCUGAACGGGAGAACACAAAAGUUCCAACAAAGGCUUCGGGAAAUGCAAAGGGAAAAUGUGAUAGUAUUUCUCUUGCUCAAGCAAGAGUGGGGGUUUCUCGAAUCUAUAAGCUUAUUCGUGCUAACCGGGCUUCGAGGAACAAAUUUAUGUCUUCGAUUGUUCGCAAAUUUGAUAAUACUAGCUGGACAACUUCAGUCGUCCCGUUCCUAAUGUACUGCACAGAAAUACUUGCCUUGCUACCGUUCACAACACCUGACGAGCCGCUUUAUUUGGUCUUUUCUAUAAAUAGAGUAAUACAAGUUAGGGCUGGAGCGCUUGAAGCAAAACUGAAAGCUCUAACCUUGCAUCUGUUACAAAGAGGUGCGCCUCAUGGGAAUGGCAUAAUUGAAGAGGACCCAACUGCUCAGCCUUUUCAAAGAGGGACGACAUUAGUGGAUUUGAAUGGGACAAUUCAACAAGAACCAGUGUUUCAACCUGUUACAAAUUAUAUGCCAACAAUGCAGUGGAAUGGGGUAAUACAACACGAGCCAGCUGAUCAGUCUGUCUCAAAUCAAGCUACCCCUUUUGGGGCAAACAUGUACAGUACGGGAUCCGGCAGUUCCCAUGGCUUCUCAAAAGAUGAUGAACAGAAGAUCCAGGCAGACUGCCUAGCAGCUAUUGCGUUGCAGCUUCUUUUGAAACUAAAGAGACACCUAAAGAUUGUGUAUAGCCUGAAUGAUGCAAGGUGCCAGGCCUUUUCUCCAGCUGAUCCCCUUAAACCGGGAGAUGUUCUCUCCAGGCAGAACAUUCCUUUUGACCUCAGUGAAACACAUACCACCUUGCCUACAACGCAUCAAGAAUUGGUACAAAGAUAUCAGGAAUUCAAGAAUGCGUUGAGGGAAGAUACUGUUGAUUACUCUACUUACACAGCCAACAUCAAGAGAAAACGUCCGGCCCCAAGAAAAGGACGGAAAUCUGUAGGUGGAGAUGAUGACGGUGAUGAUGAUGAUGAAGAUUGGACAGGUGGGCCUCGGAGGCUGAGUAAUAGUGGGAGGAGAGGUAACUACAGUAGAAGUCGACAGCGGUUAUAGGAGUCAAGUAUAUGACAGGGUAGGCUAACUUGUACAUGUUUUAGGAGAAAGGAAUAGAUAUAGGGAUAUAAUGAGAGCAGAAAGAAUAGAUUUAUGGAAAUGGUAGAGAAAUCCAGUAGAGUAGUGCUUUCUCUUACCUUUUCCAUCUUUUGUAAUUUGCCUGGAGAUAUAGUAACCGCAUUCUUUUUGUGAAUGUAAUUCAGCUGUUAUAUGUAUUAAUUUUUCAUUUAUUAAUGUUAUGUUUUAGCCUCUUUUUUUCA